AGAGAUAAAAGCAACCAGCUUUCAAGACUGUCGAAAUUCGAUAAGGCGCGAGAGAAUCACCGACUCUCGAGGGCGCGAACCCAAGUCGACGAUUCCCUAGAGAAAGCCUCCCCAAAUCCAAUCGGAUCAAUCCAAUUCAAUGGCAAGUGUUCAGUCUAGGAUAGGGUCUAGAAGAGAAACCCCAAGAGGACGUCAUCAUGGUUUAAGUCAACAAAAGAGGCAAGAGAUAAAAGAAGCAUUCGAACUCUUUGAUACAGAUAAUUCUGGGACUAUCGAUGCCAAAGAGCUGAAUGUUGCAAUGAGGGCCUUGGGUUUUGAAAUGACAGAAGAGCAAAUUAAUCAGAUGAUUGCUGAGGUAGACAAAGAUGGCAGUGGUGCAAUUGAUUUUGAUGAAUUUGUAUACAUGAUGACAGCUAAGAUUGGAGAAAGGGAUUUUGAGGAACAACUGUUGAAAGCUUUUCACAUUAUUGACCAAGAUAACAAUGGAAAGAUAUCUGAUGUUGAUAUCCAGCGUGUUGCCAAAGAGUUGGGGGAAAACUUCACUCCUGCAGAGAUCAGAGAGAUGAUUGCAGAAGCAGACCGCAAUGGUGAGAAUUUUUUCCUUUCGAAUCUACAGUGGAAUCCUUGGAUGUUCUCUCGGGUGAUGGAGAAGUUGAUACUGAUGAGUUUAUCAGGAUGAUGAAAAGGACGGGUUUUGGUCAAUAAAUAUCUGAAGUUAUGUUGCUGCAAAAGGCUGUGAAUUCUUUAUGAUGCAAGUGACUAAAACAGCUUCAAAUUCAAGAACGUGAUGUAAAUUAAAUUAACCUGCCCGUCAAAAGUUCUAUGCGCUGCAUCUUGCUUUAUUUUAUUUCUAUCGUUUCUGAUGUAUGGUUGUGUCGUUUGAUAGUUGUAAUUCACGUUAAAAAUGGCUAUUUUCUUGAUGUUGAGUUGAUAAUGCGAUCACCAGAUUAUUUUCACCUA